UGCUGUAGUCAGUGUUACCCUCGGUCAUUCAGCCCUGUGAACCGGCUUCAUCCUGCUGCACUGUGAGGGGCUGGCGCUGGAGCUGCACCUUAUCUCCGGGUAUAUAUUCUGUGAGUGGAGAAGACACUGCUGCCUGCUCACUGACAUUUCUAUGACACCGGGAAGGGUUGUGCAGUAGUGUCAGCCGAGCCCAGGAGCUGAUGCACAUUGCUUGUGACGGCCAUCUCCACCAGAGCGGAUUGUAGUGUUCCUCAGGAGGAGACCAGGAUCUACCGCCUCACACCGCAACCAUGAUGCAGAUCUGCGAAUCCUACAACCAGAAGCACUCCUUGUUCAACGCCAUGAACAGGUUCAUAGGAGCUGUGAACAAUAUGGACCAGACUGUCAUGGUGCCCAGUCUGCUGAGGGACCUACCUCUAGAUAUGGAGGGGAUGAAGGAAGAGGUCGCCAUCACUAAUGGGGCUGCUAAUUAUUUCACCAGGAGAGACAUGCAUGGCUACUACAUCCUGCUGAAAUCUAUCAGGAAUGACAUUGAGUGGGGUAUCCUGCAAGGAGAGGACAGGAAAAAGGACAAAGUGACUCAUGUGGACAUGACCAGGCUGGAGGACUCUGAUGGAGAAGAAGAUCUGGAGAAGCUCUUCCACUUCCACCUCACUGGACUCCACACAGUGCUCAAUAAGCUCACCAGGAAAGCCAAUAUCCUUACCAACAGAUACAAGGAGGAGAUCGGAUUUGGCAGCUGGGGACAUUGACUAUAGGAGCUAUUGUUACUGCUCUAAUGAUUAGUUUUCUCUUGGUUUUUUUUAUUAUUAUUUUAUAAUGGGUUUUGGUUCAUUUUUAAUUAUUUUAUUUUAUUUGGGGAACGAGACUACGGCGUCUCGUCACUGUGGAGGAAGCUGGGAGUGAGGGAUCAUAUUUAGACACGUCGCUCUAACUUAAUUUUAGUAAUAACCAGUACAUGAGUAAGGUUUCCUGCGAUAGGUGUCAGAAAGAUGCGGUGCCCUGAUUAACCCCUGCUUUGCCCCUGAUUCCUUUAUAAUUUGAUAACGGUUGUGCCACCUCUUGGCAUUAGGAUUUAUGGACCCUCUUAGUGUGUGGAGGUGCAGUCAGCUAAUUGGGGUCAGGAGGGGUUAAUUUACCAAUGAUUUGAACCUUCCUCCCUCUGGUUAUUGUGUAUUGUGUCCCUUGCCCUGGGUUAUUAGAGGAGUCGGGGAAGCUGUCCUAGGCAGAUGGGUGGGGUGCAGUGGUAGAAAUCCUAGUGCGGAUUGCAUCAGCCUUUUAUGAUUUUGCACUAUUUUUUAUUUUACACUAUGUGUGGCUUAUUUUGCACUGUACCAGUCAUAUUUAUGCUGGGGGGGAGGGGGGCACAAGGCAAAGGCGGCACCACUGUAAGGACCGUGGGGCUCGCAUAUCAGGAGUCAUUAGUACAGCCGGUAUAAUCUGCAGUGCGUGGGGCUUAACAAUGGAAACAAUGUUACAAAUCUGUGUUGCAUGCUAGAUGUUCGGUGACAAAUAUGUAAAAAAAAUUGAGACGGAUGACCCCCAUCAAACCGUCGGAGGCAUUAGUAUUGACAGCUGUGUUAUGACAGAUUGAUGCAUCAGCCUCAUUGUGUCCUCGGAUACGCGCUUCUUUGUGCGAUCCAUCCCUCAUUGUUUUGCGCGUCGUAGGAGAUGGCGAGACACAAGCAGGAGCCAAUGACCUAUGGACUGUUGAGCAUGUGGGAACCAAUGAUACAUCUGUUUAUACCUUCAGAUAGAAAGUGGAACGGUUCCCUGUCGUAUGCACAAUAACGCAAAAAAAAUAUAAUAAAAAAGUCAAAGCCUUUUUUUUAUUUUGUUAAAUAUUCUAUUUUAAUAAAUAACACAACGUGUACUUCC